AUGGUCUUCUUCGGGGCCCUUAUGGAUCAAGGAAUCAUUGGUGCCGAAGAGCUGCGGAAGGUACGGGGGCGGAAGCUUGCAGCCCGGAAGCGUCAAGCAGUCUGGGAGAGGUUUUCUCGCCAGCUUUUCACUGUUGACUCCAUCCAGAAGGCGUCGCCCGCUAAAGAAGUCCAGCGUGCCCUGUACCGCUUCGCGCAGCAGAACGUGCCCAUGCCUUUCCUUUCCACUUGUGAGCUCAUCGAUAGCGAACUGAGCUUGGAGGAUGAAGUCUACGUUUGGCCCCAGAGCUCGAUUGGCUUCGUGUCGCUGCCAAGAGUGCUGCCGUCGGAAAUGGAGCUCGGGGAGCCCGAGGAGCUUAAGCCGUCGGAGCAGCGACUUUGGGAGGAGUUUUCCAAGCAGCUGGAACUGGUGGAGGUUUCCGAAGCUUCUUCACGUGAGCAGGUGCGGGAGGCUUUCUCCCAGUUUGCACAUUUUGUCAUGCCACGGUCUUCCGCGGCUCUCGUGCUGGAUGGCAAGCUCGUGAAGGAUGGCGAGGGGAACCGGUACCGCUUCUCAGAGCUUGGGGGCUUCGUGCGACUGAGUGCUUUCAUGCGUUCAGAACAAGAUAUCCUCGACAAAUGGAUCGACUGUGACAAAAUCGAGAUGGACCAACUGACAGCUGCUGCAGUCAAGUUGAAGGCCCUGGUGCGACACCAGAUGCAUGUAACACGGGAGAACACGAAACGCAGCAAUUCCGGGCUUGCCAACGUCAUGCUGUUCGCUUGCUAUGCUUUCCGCUUCCUCAUGGGCUACGAUGAUGCGGAGACGGAGGAGGUGGUGGCUUUGAAUCUGAUUGACAACUUUGACCAGAAGUUGCAGGAGAUUGAAUCAGAGGGCCCGUGCAGUCCAGAAUUCUUUGACAAGCAUGCUCUUGAGCAAGUCAAGACUACAGAAGCGCUGUCCCCAGAAGGCCUUGGACUCCUUGGUCACGAAACCUCAGAAGUCAACAUCUUCCGCUUGUACUGGUUCUGUCCGGUCGUUCAGUCCUUUAAGGGCCGGGCUCCCGGAAGGAGCGAUACCAAGGAGGGAGGUUGUUGCGGAUGGGUUCGUGCGCACAUGGUCCUUGGGGCAAUGUUUGGUCUCACAGGCUUUCUUCUGCUCAGCUUCAUGGUGCCGCAGGGUGAUUCCUUUACCUUUGCUUACUUCUGGGUAAGCAAGACGGACAUGUGGGAGACACGGUGCCAGGUGACGAGCUCUGUCACCGCCUUGAGCCCAUGGUGCUCGGCCGAUCAGGUCAUAACGAUGAGCCGCAUGACUCUGUCCCCGGCGCUCCAUGGAGUACCAAGCACCAGCUUGGUGUGGGUUUGCCUGGUCAUAAAAGCCGUAAUUUUCUGCAUCUUGGGCGGCCUUUUCGGAAUUACUAUGUUCAAGACUGUGGAAGGAUUGAGGCAGGCCCAGCAUCCCAUGCACAUCUUGCAAGUAAUACUCCUGCGAUGGUGCCAAAGCCAGAGAAUAUCAAUCUGGCAGCUCCAAGCUUGGAAGAUGGCAAGGGCUUCCAUCCUUCACAACGACGUGCGCCUCAUCUUGGAUCGCUUUGAGAACGUUGUCAUCUUCACCUUGGUGGUCUGCAUGCUGUUCAUCACUGAUGCAGUGGUUCAGUAUGUCGUGCGGAGCAAACCUCCGAACAUAGGUGCGGUCUACAUCGUCCUCGUCUUUGCCCUUUCCACGAUGCUUUGCAUCAAUGCUGCGCUUGGCUGUCACCAUGUCCAGCAGGCACACCUCAAGACGCUAUCUGCGAUGAAGGAGGAGACCUCCUUCAUCCAAAGCGUGAGCCCGGAUGGCGAAUACUUCCGAAAGUUUGUGGACCUCAUGGUGAAGAGGCUCUCGUCCGGAGGCGACUACCAGACAAAGCUUCUCUACAUGCCUCUGAACCCGGUCCUCCAGAAGUCGAUUCUGGCUUACUUUGCAGCUUCCCUCGCGGCCAUUGCCGGGAAAUUGUUCUUCGGUGGGUGA